UUCACCAGGUUUUCACCGUGGGGACCUGAGCCUCAAGAGAGCAGGAGAUUGACAGGAAGUCGCUGCUCGUUUGGCCAAUCACACCUCGAGAAGUCCGGCAGGAUGGAGUCCGCAGAGAGGAGCAGGAGAUGACUCUUCCCUCUGGCACCCACUGUGUUUGUAGCCACGUUAGCUCCAUCAUUAAGUUAGCCGAGCAGGGGGCAUAAAGGCAGCGGGGCUCUGUCACUUCCACUGGGACUGACGAGCGGAGCAGGCGGGGAACUAAGCAGCUUUCCAGGCGGAUGUGAGCCGGUGGAGAUGUGUAAUAAGCUGCACUGGACACCGAGGACCUCCCUGACUGCCCCCCCAUCGACUGACAGCUGUCACCGCACCUAGCUGCCCGGCUAGCUGGCUAACUGAGCUAACGGCUUACAAGUGUGGGGGGGUUUCUGGCUCAUUCUGGCUAAUUUAGCCGGUCAGCUCUGAGCUCGCGUUCACAGUGGAAAGGAAGUGACUUCCGGAUAAAACGCUACUGUAUUUUAACAUUUCCUCAGUUACACCUGACUCUGCUGCUCAAACCAUGAGUUAGCGUCGGAGCGUCGGACCGCAGUGUUUGGGGUAUUUUGAGAUCCAGCUAGUUAGCUUGAUGUUAGCUUGAAGCUAGCUAGCGGCGUUCAUUCAAUCAUUGAGAAGCUGCUAACGCGUUAACGCCAGCACGGUGGCUAGCAGGCACCGGGCACAUCCACGCCGAGCCUUUGUUGGGAGGACACUGGUCUACUUUUGGACUCGGUCGAGCUGAGGAUAACAUAUUUGGAGACAUGAAGAAAUUUUUUGACUCCCGUCGGGAGUUGGUGAGCACCGGGCCCGGUUCCGGAGCCGGCGGAGGAGGCGGUGGUUCCGGCGGCGGUGGCAGCUUCAUCGGACGCGUCUUCACCAUCGGACGGUAUCAAGUGACCGUGGAGGAGAUUGUCGCAGAAGGAGGUUUUGCCAUAGUUUUUUUGGUGCGGACUCAUCAAGGCGUACGAUGUGCGCUAAAAAGGAUGUACGUCAACGAUGAAGAUGAUCUGCAGGUCUGCAAACUUGAGAUACAGAUUAUGAGAGACCUUGUGGGCAACAAAAAUAUAGUUGGUUUCCUGGACUCCAGCAUAACGGCAGUUGGAGCUGGCGAUGUGUGGGAAGUCCUAAUCUUAAUGGACUUCUGUCGAGGUGGACAGGUGGUCAACCUAAUGAAUCAGCGUUUACAGACGGGCUUCACUGAACCUGAGGUGUUACAGAUCUUUUGUGACACAUGCGAGGCGGUCACUCGUCUCCACCAGUGCAAAAGUCCCAUCGUCCAUCGAGAUCUCAAGGUGGAAAAUAUUCUUCUGCACGACCGGGGACACUACGUGCUCUGUGACUUUGGAAGCGCCACCAACCACUUCCAAAACCCUCAGACGGAGGGAGUGCCAGUCUUGGACGAGGAAAUCAAAAAGUACACCACCUUGUCGUACCGCGCUCCAGAGAUGGUCAACCUCUAUGGUGGAAAAGUCAUCACAACAAAGGCCGACAUUUGGGCCAUGGGUUGUCUACUCUAUAAACUGUGCUACUUCACACUACCUUUUGGGGAGAGUCAAGUAGCUAUCUGUGACGGCAGCUUCACAAUCCCAGACAACUCCCGCUACUCCCAGGACAUGCACUGUCUCAUUCGAUACAUGCUGGAACCUGACCCAGAUCAGAGACCAGACAUCUACCAAGUUUCCUACUUUGCCUUUAAACUGGCGCGACGCGAGUGUCCGGUCCCAAAUGUGCAUAAUUUGCCCAUUCCUGCAAAACUUCCUGAGCCAAUCAGAGCCAGUGAAGCAGUGGCCAAAAAGAGUCAAACCAAAGCCAGGCUUUCGGACCCCAUUCCAACCACGGAAACCUCCAUUGCACCUCGACAAAGGCCCAAGGCUGGUCAGGCUCAGCCCCAGCCUAUAGGCAUUCUUCCCAUCCAGUCUGCUCUCACCCCACGCAAGAGGCCCAACGUGGCUGCUGGAGGGCCCCAGGCCAUAGGUGUUGGUAUCAGUGUCCCAUCUCCAGUUGCAGCUGCUGUACAACCUGCUCCACAGUCCUCUGCCCCACAGGCUUCACCACUGACAGCUCAGACCACCAAUAUGCAGCCACAAGCUACACCACAGCAUCACCAGCUCCUCGCGAAGCAGCAGCAAGCCUUUUUAAGUCUGCAGAGUAACCAGCAGCAUCAACUGGUUCCGAGCAUCCAUCACCAACACCAGAAACAACAACCACAAAUAGCGUCUCAGGCAUCUACCCUGCUGCAGUCCAAAGCUAAACCUGUUCCUCCAGUUCUUACUCUGCAACUGCCAUACCAGCAGCAGCUGCAGCAUGUAGUCCAUGAAACAGCCGCUCCACAUCUCACACCCAUCCCUGAGUCUGCAGUGACUGGUCCUCCAACUGACCAAGAGAUGGCUGGCCGAGGGAAUAUCAGAGUUGGCUCGUUGACGCCCCCUUCGUCGCCAAAGAUGGCCCCCAAGAGUGGCCACAGACGCAUCCUGAGUGAUGUCACCCACAGUGCCGUGUUUGGGGUUCCAGUAAGCAAGUCCACUCAGCUACUUCAGGCGGCUGCAGCUGAGGCCAGCCUCAACAAGUCCAAAUCAGCCAGCACUACUCCUUCUGGCUCCCCCUGCUCGUCCCAGCAGAGUGUGUAUCAUCCAGGUGAAGGUGACGCCCCAUCAGCCCCCGCUGCACCCAGCGCUCUGCCCAGCUGGAACCCCUUUGGGGAUGAUAACUUCUCGAAGCUAACGGCGGAAGAGCUGCUCAACAAAGACUUUGCAAAGCUAGCUGAGACGGCUGCACCGGGGGAGAAGAUCACAGGCUCCAGUGAAAAUCUUAUUCCAGGGCUCGCUGCUUUUCCAGCAAUAGCAGAGGUGUGUGUGGAUUCACUGAUUCCUGGUUUGGAAGCCCCCCAGGUUCAACGCCAUUCAAUCCAACCAGAGCUCAUCCCUGCCAGCGCUCCAGACUCUCUCACUGGGGAGGAAUCUCUGCUGGGUUGUGAUCUGUUAUCUCACUCUUCUCCUCACGGACACCAGUCUGUUUCUGCUCUCGCCACCUCCUGCUCCUCUGCUCCUUCUGGCUCCAGCUCUGGAUCCUGUCUGGAGGAGCGGCCACCUGCUCAUUCAGCUCCUGACUCUGCUUUCCUCAUGUCGUGUGGGGAGAAGGGCAAUGACGACGAGUUUGACCCUAUUCCCGUGCUCAUCUCCAAAAACUCAAAUCAAGAUCCGCAAGAAGAGAGCAACGACUACACCGUGCUUGAGGAGGGACAAGAGACUGAAUUUCCAGAAGGAGAUGCUCAAACAAACGAGGACUGUGUGCACUCCAGUGAGGAAGACGAGGAGAAAGAAGUCCAAUCGGAAGAUCAGCAGGAUGGAGGAGCCGAUGAGAGUCAUUUAGCAGCUCAUGACCUCAGCGGCUCCAGACCUCUGCUGCUGGACUCUGAGGAUGAGGACGAGCAGGGGCCUCAGUUAGAACUCCACUCAUCAGCACACUCCAACAGAGACCCAACACAACAACCAUCCACUACCUUCGAUGAACCUACUCCGAGCACCUUUGCUGAGAAUCAUUCCCAGCACGUAGCAGAGCCAGCACAGGGGACAGAUGUUCCUGCAGAUGUCUUCUCUAAAGCCCCCUUUCGGAUUGCGCAAGAAGAUUUGGCCGACGUGUUCGCCAAUGCUCCGUUCUCACGCGGCCCCAUGGACGCUCAGCAGCAGCUCGACGUGUUCUCUCAGGCUCCCUUCGGAAAAAGAAAGGAGGCUGCAGGAGCUCAACCCAAGGCGUCGCACCCUCACGUAGCUGGAGUUCGCGCUGUAACCCCUGAUCACGACGCAUUGGGACAAGUCGCUCCUCAACCAUUCCGCCCUCAAGCUCUGGCCAAAUACUCCCGACACUUUGAGGGACCCGUGCCCCAGCAGCUGGUAGCGGCUCACAGAGUGGUGUCCAACGUGAACAGGCAGGCAGCUGUGGCAUCAGUCCCCGUCGGACCUCUUCACUCAUGGACAUCAGACGUGAGUGCUGUAGACCCCUUCGUCUCUGCACCCUUUCACCUCAAAGCCCCCCAGGAAAAGCCCUGAACACACUCUGAGGUCAGGGCAGUGGGGAUCAGCACUUAUGCAAACUCUACCAGGCGUUAUGCAUGCUGUCGCCAGCACUGCAGCUGGACUGCGGGCCUGCAUGGAUCUCACUCUCAUCUGGCUCUGAUCUGGUGCAAAGGUCAUCACGAAUACUGCGUCAAAUAAGAAAAGUGACAUCCUUAUCAGACUCCUGGUCACUUCUGAUUUAUUUUUUUCCUGUCACAUCCUUUUACUUUUUGAUUUGCUCUUAAUCUUUUUGGUACGUAUAUUGAUAAAAAGAUAAUAUGGUGGUCAAGCAUCUGAUUGUUUUCUUGCCUACCUCAUGUAAUUUUUGUGUCGGCGCUUAAAACACCACAGUAGUGAGGGAGCUUGUCCUCGAUUGUAUUUGAGCUUCACUGUGAAGCGAUGACGUGAUAACGCCUCAUUCCUCUGUCGCAGCUGUUUCUCAGAAAGGAAAGAUUCGGCUUGAAUUACAGGGUCAUACCUUCAGAGAAGCCUGAGAGAUAAAGACAAAGCCGAGCGACUAUGUCUCUGAACACUACUAUGAGAAAUGAAUCUACAAUCAUAUCAAGCAUGACAUUUGUAAAUGGUCGUACAACCGUGGCCUCACAGUCGAUAGUGACCGAAACUAUGAGUUUAUGCUUGAGAGUUUGAUAAUGAUGCAUUUUUAUGUUUGUGGUCAGUGUCCUGUCCCAUCUAAUGGAACUGAAAUAUCAGCGUUUGUUCCAUGUAAUGUACAAACUUUAUAUAAAUGUUAGAACAUUCACUCUCAUAGUUUUAUGUUACGUAAAUGCAGAAGAUUCAGUUAUCUCUAUCUCCCUGAGGCGUUACACUCGCACAGAACUUCCCUCCGCGUCAAACAUCAUGACUCACAUUUUGCCUUCUGUGCCCUCCUGAAAAAUGGCUGCAUUCACCUCAUUUUAUUGCACUUGCAUUCAGCUCCAAUGCAGGAGGUCGUACAGUUGUGUACAAUAGUGUACAACCUCCUUUCGCCGUCUGCAGUAUUUAUAUGCACCAAGGUUUUAAGUCAACUCUGAAAUGCUUCUCUAUCAUAGACAUCACUGUGUAAAAACUUACAAAUAACUGAAAACGAUGCUUUCCCGCAGUCUCACAAAUAUCGACAGCCCUUAAUGCAUUGCAUUUCCAGUCAGGGAUCGCAACAGUUGUGUCUUAUACGUGAAGUCAUGAAUGGUGAGUGAUGACAUUCCUUUUGAAUUCGUUUCAUCGCCAUUUAGAAAUAUUUUUUAUUGUCUUUGUGCUUUGUAAAAUCAUGGAACACUUUUUUGUUUCCCACCAAGGCACUUUUAAGAAAGGGGAUCAGUCCUGUCUCAACCCAAAGUUUAAUUACUUGUGUUCUCCUGUUGGAAUGUAAAAUCAUGUUUUCUUUCUUUUUGAAGUGUACAAUCUUCUUUUUUUUUUAAUGCUCACUUGUCUCACCCAUCUUAUAUACGUGAAGGUUGCACAUAGUCACUGACACAGAGUCAGUGUUCGCUAAGAAUGUUUUUUGAUCGUAACACUGCUGUAAAGUGUAUUUUGACCGGUGUUGCAAAUCUCUGGAGGAUUCAAAUGCUGAUGACACUGUUGGACAAAAAGAAAAGCACUCAAAACACUUGUUAUUGCUGCACAGCCUGCCUUUGAAAACCAUGUUGUAAGUCAUAAACAAAAUAUUAAAUGAAUGUAAAUCGAAAA